GUCUGAAUCUAAUCUCGGAAUAAACGUUUAAAUAGGGGAUUAUUUUCUUAUUGAAUUAUUUUGUUUAUCCACCAGAAAAUCCAAGUCACAGAUUUGUUCACCUAUUAAUUAAUUGGUAUAUAACUCGUGACAAGAUGUACGAUGUGUACGCAAACAACCCACAGAGCCAGCCAACCACCCCACCGGCCCCGGAGAAGGUGCUGCGCUUUGACCGCGGGUACAUCUCCUCCCUGCCUGGCAUUCUCAAAGGAGUCCAGUUGUUAUGUAACCUGAUCGGUUUCAUCUGCAUCAAAGUGUCAAAUAUCUGGAUCUCAUCGAUCCCCUACAACCUGCUGUACUGGAUCUGCAUGGUUAUCACCACGUUCCUGCUGCUGUCAUACUCAUUCCACAUGGUAGAGAAGUACGACCGCUGGCCGUGGCUCAAGCUGGAGUUCUUCUACUGUUGUGUGGUGGUGAUGAUUUACAUCAUCCUGGCGAUUAUUGCCACAGUGAUCGGCGAGGGCGGGUAUGCCGUAGGGUUCUUCGGGUUCUGCGCGAUCAUCGCGUACGGCUUCGACGGCUUCCUCAAGUACAAGGCGUGGAAGCGCGGUCUCCCGCCGCAGUAGGCCCUCACAACAUCACACACACACACACACACACACACACACACACACACAACUAUCUAGGAUAAGCUUAGCACUUUAUUUUGGAACUUAUUUAAUUUCUAUGUACUUAUUUUUUCUACUUAUGUAUAUCGUCACCAAUCCCCACCGCCCUAAGGCUUGAGAUAUCGAACCUAUUGACCGCCAACGACUGCUAUAGAGGACAACGCGUAAUGUUUAAACAUUUCCUGCGUUUUUAUUGAGUUUUGUAUAAAUAGUUGGCGGUUAAGAGCCAUGGAACCAUUUCGGUGAGCAUUUAAGAGGAAAGGGGACGGCCGCUUCUUCAUACAAACAUAGUACCCAUUUUCCUUUCUAGACAGAUAUCACAUUUGUCAGAUAUCAGAUCAGAUACAUAUUGACAUUAAUGGAAAAUAUUUUUAGGUAGGUAUAUUAACCAUAGCUAUGUCCUUUGUUUUUUUAGGUUUUUGGAUUGUUGUAAAAAUCGGGAGCGAAAAAUAGAUUUCGUAAAAAAAAAUUUUUACAUAAAAAUGAAUCAUUGCUAUGGUUUAUAUAAUGAUAUACAACAAAUUGUGUCAAAAUAUUUUCAAUGGUGUUAAUAUCCAGAGAGGCAAGUGAGUAUUACGUUUGUUUGAAAAGGCGUUCUCGCGCGAUACCCCACUUGCGUCUCUUAAAUACGCGUGUAUUUGAAGUCCACUCGUCACCGUCAGUCAGUGGACAUGAGAAUGAGACGUUACGUCUUUCACGAGAAGCACUUGGUAUUAUUAUAUUAUCUGCUAUACAGAAAGACGUUUCAAACGUUUGUAUUUUUUAAUAACGUCAACUAAAUCACUUCGUAACUUGAGGUAUUUGUUAUAUUUACGAAAAACCAUUUUAUUUUCUUACAGCGUUACAGCCAUACUUUAAAAUAUAAGUUAUAACUUUAGUAGGAUGAAUUUGAACAUUUAAUGUAAGUUUUAAAUUAAUUAUAUAAGUAUUCUAUGAAUUAUCAAUUGAUCAAUACAAAUAAUGUCCAACUGUUGGGACUAAGUAUGUUUGAGAAAACUCAUAUUUACAGUGAUCGAAAAGAAAGAUGGAUCAUUUAACGUAUAGUUAAUAACAAACUUUACAAAGACCUUUUACUAUCUACAAGUUAAAUGAAGAAAUUAUUUCUAAUAACUGUUUGGCAUUUAUUGUAAUGAUUGUGUUAGUUUAAGGCGCUGUCACAUAUAUGUGACUAAUAUGGCGACUCAAGGGUUUAAAAGUGUGUUUGGUAAAUAUGUUUUAUAAAUUUAUAUUAUAUUCAAUACAUUAUUUAUAAUAUCUAAAAUCAAAGCACACAAAAUUUUAAAAAAUCUCUUAUGUGUUGUCGUGUUUAAAUUAAGCAGUUGCCAGUUGUAUAUUUCGCAUAAUUCACUUUUCCACCGCCAUGAUCUGACAUCACGCUAAAAUAUACGCAAACACAAACACAACGUAAACAACCAACCAAUGAACCAACACUAAAUAUAUAUUUUUAUAAACUGUUUCGAGCAAUGUAUAAUUGUGAUUUAGGAAUAUAUCUUGUAUUCAUGUACUGUAGUUUUAUAUACACUUUUGUAAAUGACGUUGUCGCUUCGAGAAAAUGUGCCUUUGAUGUUAUUGUUACAUUUAAAAUUGUGCUUUAUAGAAGCUCAUGUUUCUUGGACACUUCAUGGGCAUUUACAUACUUUAUCAGUUGGAAUGUUAUGAAAGAUAGUUAAUUUAAGCAUUUUUCAUGUUGUUAGAUGGCCACAAUGGCAAAUGGAGUCAAAUCCAAGUGAGAAGGACUCGUUAAUGACUGAGAACGCAUCCGCAAUCAGUGCUGGAACACUCGGAUAUUUUAGCAAAGACUGUUUAUUUAGACACAGCCCAUCCAUAUUGUAGCCAUUUGAAGGCUAACUUACCUUCAAAACCUUGCAAUUAUUCUUUCAUCUAUUUUCUUACUUCUCAUUAAUAUUUGACCUAAUUUGUGUACCAAAGUAUUAAAAGGCCCGCCUUAUUCUAGUUGGCAUCAGAAAUAUAAUUUUAAGACUUAUAUUUUUUAAAUCUUGUUUUUUAUUAUUAUGUAAGUAAACAUUUUUCAGAUCUAAUCAAACCUAAUUUAUCAAAAGUCAUUUGUUUUUGUGUCUGUAUUCCGAUAUAAAACAGUAAACUUAGAGGGGAUGUAGUGUAGGUACUGUACUGGUACUGGUAAGUGGUAUUACACCUGCCUAAACAUAAUGGAUAUAAUUGAUCAUGUAACGUUUACCUAUUUUAUGUAGGGUUUGUUACAAACUCAGUACCGGGAGCAAACCCUAAUUUUAUGCGUCAAUAAUAUAUAAUCUUGUGUCACGGGGACUUUACAUCAGGUUGUAUUGUAAUUUGUAAUAUUUGUAAGUUGUCGGGUUGUAGCUAGCACUAGCACUAGACUGGCUGGUCACCAUAUCGUGACAUCAGUGGAGAAAGGGUAAAGACAUAUUUUCUAUAGUAUUUUGUGUAAGCUUUAAACGUUUACUUUACUGUAUGUAAUGAGUAUUUGUAUUUAAAUAAUUAUCAGCGGGACCUCA